AAGCAAGUUUUAAAGCAAGCGUAAAAUUCGCAAUAAGAAUUGAUCGAUGGACAAGGAAAACAGACCAGGUGACCAUGUAAUGAAACAGCCGCUGGGGGAUCAGGAGGAGAAGAGUCCAGAAAUGCCGGACUUUCUGAAAGCCCUAAAUUUGAUCAGAAUAAAUAUGAUUGAUACACAGGAGUCCUCAGCGAUUUCCGGAUCUGGCCAUAGUUCUCCUAAAACAGUUACAGGAUCGGGCAUCCAGGCUCAUAGAAGUGGCGCUAUACCGAAAAAAGAUACAAAAGUAUCUUCCCCACUUCAGGAAAUAUCAAAUACCCCGAAGAAACAAUUGGAAGGCACUCAGCAGCCUAAUGUCAGUAGCACUGGGGAUGUUGCCAAAAUGGGCAAAUCCAAUUCUUCCCAGCUUCAAGAGACAUCAGAUACAAAAAAUAGUGAUGUCAAACCAUCUUCCGACCAGGAAGAGAUCGGUGAGAAAGAGGAGGCAAAUGUAGAAGAAGACCCAGUAGAGGGUAGAACUAGAAAGUUGCAAAUUGGGCGCUAUGAGAUAGAAACCACGUAUUCCAGUUCUUAUCCUGAAAUAAACGACAAGGUGCCCAUCAUUUACGUUUGUGAGUUCUGCCUGAAGUACAUGUGCUUGCGAAGAAGCUACUCCUAUCAUCUGUUCCAUUGCAAGAAGAGGCGUCCGUCGGGCAGCUUGGUAUACCAAAAGGACGCUAUUCACAUCUACGAGGUCGAUGGCAGCAAGGAGAAGCUGUAUUGCCAGUGCCUCUGCCUAAUGUCCAAGCUCUUUCUGAAGCACAAGGAAACGCUCUACAGCCCGAAACUGUUAUUGUUUUAUAUCCUGUGCCUAAAGGACAAGGAUGGCGAGCACCUUGUCGGUUACUUCGCCAGGGAGAAGAAGCCUGGGUCCAAUGUCAACCUGAAUUGCAUUCUUGUGUUACCGCCCUAUAUGCGCCAGGGUUACGGAAAGCUGCUGAUCGCCCUCAGCUACGAGAUCUCUCGCAAGGAGGGAGUCAUCGGAGGUCCCAAGAAGCCGCUGUCGGAAGUUGGCAGGCUGUGUUACCUCAGCUAUUGGGGCCACAUCCUCCUCGAACUGUUGAGGCGCCACGCCUCGCCAGACCGGAUAACCAUCGAAGAGCUGAGCAGAGCGUCUGGCUUCCUCAAGGAGGACGUAAUACUCACUCUAAAAUUUAUGAAGAUAACGACGUACUACACGGAUGACCACAUCAUGUGCACUACUCCCUCGAUAAUCGAAAAUCGCCGUAGGCACGAGAAAUUUAAGAAGCCGAGGUUGACCAUUCAAAGAAAGUGCCUCGUCUGGAAGGCAGUCACAUCACAAAAGUAGCACAUAAGUUUGGCCAUCAUUUUUUUGAA